UACAUUUUACUUGUAGAUAAUUGCAGCAGAUUUGUUGACAUUCUUAGAAGAAAAUCAGGAUUAUCAACAAAUUAUGCUGCAUGGAUUUUCUGUGGCUGGCUAUUUAUGGGGCGAAGUUUUAACUUAUGUACAUAGCAAUCGUGAAAAAUAUAAUAAUGUUAUUGAUAGAAUUAUUGGUCAUGUAUGGGACAGUGCUGCAGAUAUUAGUGAAUUUGUUAUAGGCACGCCACGUGCUAUAUUUCCUAAAAAUCCUUUGUUGCAAUCUAUAAUACAAAAAUAUUUAAUCUAUCAUAUGAAAGCAUUUUACAAGCAAUCUACACAGUAUUACCUUCGCUCUAGUCAGAUGUUUCAUACAAAUUUGAUACGGAGUCCAGCACUUUUUCUUGUAAGUAAUGUAGAUCCUGUGGGACCAGUAAGUAGUAAUAUGAGGGUAAGAGAUUCAUGGGAUUCCUUAGGUGUAAAGACUUAUGUCAAAAUAUUUGAUGGAUCACCCCAUGUAGGACAUUAUCGGAAAUAUCCAAAAGAAUAUAUAGCAGAACUUCAUGCAUUUUUAAGGAUGUUAAACUUAAUCAAGAAUAAAGAUAAAAUUACAGCCCAAGGCUAAACUGAAAUAGAUCAUUGAAUAUAAAUAUUAUUAAUAUCUUUAUAUUCAUCUAUGUCUAUAUGAUAUAUACCAUCAAUUGUUAUUUAAUACCCAUAUAUACAAUUUACUAAUAUUAUUUUUGCUAUGUCACUUUAAAAAUCAAUCAAUUUAAUAUAUAAUCAAUAUUAAUAUAGAAAAAUUCUUACUUUUAAGAAAUAAGAGGUAUAUAUAAUCUCAUUAAUGGAAUAUAUUGUGUAUCGUCUAUAUAGAGUAAAAUGAUCGUAAUUACUUAAGGCGAAAGGAUACAUUAAAAUAAUAAGUAUUUCCGAGACUGAACAUAUUCGUAAUUAUUUUAAACUAACGUCUUUGUAAUAUAUUUUUGCAAAAAAUGUAUUAAAAUAUUUGUAAAUUUUAUUAAAUUCGUAAUUACGAAUGAUUUUGUACCUUUUUUAUAAUACAAAUCAUCGUUUUAAAUACUAAUAUAUACUUUAUACAGUCAACUUUAUUUAUAUUAUUAAAAAUGUGUAAUUCAA